AUACCUCAACCGACGAGCGUCAGUGCUGGGACGGACGAGGAAGAUCGCCGUUGAAGGGGACACCAAGCGCUCGACGUAUGUCAAUGGCUCGGUAGCCGCCAAAUCUAACGGUGAUGAUGACCUGUUGAGUGGGUUUUGAGGCAGCUGCACCAUAUGGAGGUGGCGAAGUGGCGAUGGACGGCCGAUGAGUUCGUGGGCGGAGGGAGAAGAAGCGGUAAUCAACUUUACAUGUCUGUUUCCUUUGUCCCGUUUUUCCUUUUCAGAUGGUGGUUGUACAGGCACCGUUGUCCGUUACAGAUUGGCGUCGGGAUUUGCAGGUGUCUGGGGCGUGGGUGCGCCAUGUACAAGUCCUUUCCGGUGGCUUCGUCCAGUAUGUCAUGCUCUGCGUGGGUGUGUGUUGCGAUUUAAGCCUUCCUCAUGUUUACGCGACCGGUGUGCCGGGCAAUCA